CGUGCCCGUCGUGUCAUUCCUCCGCACGUCCUUCACCUACCAGCAGCUCCGUCUCCUUCCACGGGGACCCGUCCGCUAUCGGUCCAAAGUCCCGACACUUAUUCGAACAACCAGCGGAUGCAUUUUAAAGGAAGUAAUCACGUUCCGUCACAUUUCCUGGACUCUAUAAUUUCCCGACGGCAGCGAACGCGGCACCGGGGCCGCGGCGCAGUUCACCGGGAAGCGGACGACUGAAGUCCCCGCGACGCCAAGCGCCUCCAAACGACGCUCUCACCAUGGCAACGGCGCGAAUGUGCGUCCUGCUCGUCGUCGUCGUCUCCGCGGCUUCAGCAGGAGACGUCGAACUGAAGCACAAACCGUCCACGAAGGCCGUGCGGCUCUUCACCGAGGAGGAGCUGAGGAGAUACGACGGAAGCGCGGAGGGACACCCCAUCUACAUGGCAGUGAAAGGAGUGGUGUUUGACGUCACCAAGGGAAAAGAGUUUUAUGGACUCGGCGCGCCGUACAACGCCCUGGCGGGUAAGGACGCCACGCGGGCCGUGGCGAAGAUGUCCCUGGACCCGGCAGACCUGACCUCGGACCCUAGCGGCCUCACCGAGGAGCAGCUGGAGGCUCUCGACACCGUCUUUGAGGAGACGUACAAGAGGAAGUAUCCCAUCGUGGGUUACACGGCGUCACGCGUGCUCUCCGACGGCGGCGGCCCCAACGCGGCCUUCGGGCCGGAGGACCAGCCUCACUUCCAGACCAGAGAUGAGUUUUAAUCUGCUUUGAGCUUUGUGGACGUCCACGUCCACCUUUACCUGAGCUGGAUCAGGACGUUAAAAUACAAGAAUGGUAUAAACACUUCAUUUCAUAUGUUUAUGAAUAUAAAAAUAGGAAGAAUUCUUUUGGAGCAGUAAAUUGUCCCGUUGAGAAGCUGCAGCAACAACAUUCUGGUCUUGUUUUGACUCACUGAUUGUAAACUGACUAUUUUUUAGCAUAAAUGUUGUCGUUAAUUGCACUGAAUAUCAAUGAAACUCAAAAAGCACAUAGUCUGUAUCCCUCUGAAUUCGUCCUGAUUGACAUUCUCUCUGCACAGUUGUCAUUAAAGUCCGUGCACCUCA